CUUUUACUUUCUCAUAGAAAAAGUUUUUAAAAAAAUGGCUGAAUUGAUUCUUUCUGCCGUUCUCCCCAUUGUUUUCGAGAAGCUAGUCUCUGUAGUCGCUAACAAGUUUGCUGAUCGCUCCAAGGAAAUUCAGUCCGAGCUCAAGAAAUGGAACACGUCCUUACGCCAGAUCAGAAAGCUUCUUAAUGACGCUGCCCAAAAAGAAAUAACAGACGAAAGCGUUAGGGAUUGGCUAAAUCGUCUCCAACAUUUGGCAUAUGACAUCGACGACGAACUCGAUGCUUUAGCAACGGAUGCUGCUAUGCAUUCUGGGCUCACUGAUGAUCAGGAACCUCCAAGAAACAUGAGCAGCAGGGUAAAAAAGCUCAUCUCAACUUGUUGCACUGCAUCAUCACCAACACCGUCAUCAGCUGCUAGGUUGCAUUAUAAAAAACUAACUGAUAUUACCACCAAGUUACAAGAACUUUAUGAUGAAAAAGUUAAUCUUGGUUUGAUGGUCAAAGAUAAAAGUUCGUCAAGAAACAAAAAGGAAAGACCUUACGAGGCCUCUUUAUUAACACCCGGUAUUGUUGGACGUGAUGCUGAAAAGAAUAUUCUGCUCCAGAAGCUGGUACCUGAUCAUGAGGAAGCAACGGUGAGUCGGCACAACUUUAGCAUCGUGCCCAUUGUUGGUAUGGGUGGGAUGGGCAAAACCACUCUGGCUAGACUUUUGUAUAACGAACCAAAAGUCGAGAAAUACUUUGAACUCAAGGCCUGGGUUUGUGUCUCAGAUGAGUUUUUUGAUAGCUUCAAAAUCAGCAAACUUAUCUAUGAAUCUGUAGGCGGUGAUCAAGAGAAGAAAUUCCAAAAUCCAAAUCUGCUUCAACAAGCGCUUAAUAAUAAACUUUCUGGGAAACGAUUUCUGCUAGUUUUGGAUGACGUGUGGAGCGAAAAGAUUGAAGAUUGGUAUACGUUAGUGCCUCCAUUUCAUGCGGUGGCCCCCGGAAGUAAGAUUAUAAUCACAACUCGAACGGAAAAAUUGACCCAACAGUUGGGAUGUGAUGACCCGUUCUAUUUGGAUAAGCUGUCAGACGGCAAUGGGUUGUCUUUGCUUGCUCAGUAUGCACUGGGUGAAGAUAACUUUGAUUCAUCUCCAGAUCUCAGAUCAUAUGGCGUGCGCAUCGUGCGAAAAUGUGGUGCCCUUCCUUUGGCUUUAAAAUCACUUGGAAGUUUGUUGAGGAGCACAAAAAAAAAUGAAGAAAAAUGGAAGGAGUUGCUGGAAAGCGAGAUAUGGAGUUUAGAAGAUGAUGCUGGUAUUCUUCCCGCUCUUCGACUGAGCUACCUUGAUCUUUCUGCACGUCUCAAGCAUUUAUUUGCAUACUCCUGCUUAUUCCCUAAGGAUUACGUAUUUGAGAAGGAGGACUUGAUUCUGCUAUGGAUGGCAGAGGGGUUUUUGCUUGGAUCAAAAUCUAGCAAGUCAAUGGAAUGCUUGGGUGAGGAAUACUUUGAUGAGUUGUUGUCAAGGUCAUUUUUUCAGCAUGUGCCUAACGACGAAUCGUUAUUCGUGAUGCAUGACCUCAUGAAUGAUUUGGCUGCAUCUGUUGCCGAAGAGUUUUUUAUAAGGUUAGACGUUGAAAUGAAGAAUAAUGUGAAAGAGCAUAAUUUGAAAAAGUACCGACAUAUGUCCUUUGUUCGUGAGGAAUUCAUGUCUCUCAAAAAGUUCAAAACAAUUGAAAAGGCUAAUGCUUUAAGAACGUUUUUGGCAGUGCCGGUUGUGGCGAGAGAUGACGGGUGGAAGAGAUUCCACCUGUCCCAAAAAGUUUUGGUCGACCUACUCCCGAGUAUGCCAUUGUUAAGGGCUCUUUGCUUGAGUAAGUUAGAAAUAGACGAGAUACCAAAGUGUGUUGGUGGGUUGAAACACCUGCGCUAUCUUAAUGUAUCCUUAACUCCAAUCACACAUUUACCAGACAGUGUUUGCAAUCUUUAUAACUUGCAAACAUUGAUCGUGUUUGGCUGUGGGAACUUGAAGGAGUUGCCUGACAACUUCCUAAAACUUAAAAAUCUACGGCAUUUUGAUGUUAGAGACACACCUCUUUUGAAGAACAUGCCGUUAGGUCUUGGUGAGAUGAAAAACCUACAAACUCUAUCGAAGAUAAGUAUUGGAGGAGAGACCGAUUUUCCAAUAAGAAGUUUAAAGAACUUAAAGAAUCUUCGCCGCAAAGUUUGCAUUCAUGGGUUAGACAAAUUGCAAAACAUUGAUCAAGCACGGAAGCUGAACCUGUCACAAAUGAAGGUUAGUGAGUUAGUGAUGGAAUGGAGUGAUGACUUUGAUGGGUCUGGAAAGCAAAGACUUGAAACAGAGGUCCAGGUCCUGGAUGUGCUUAAGCCUCAUAGCGAUAAUCUGAAAAAUCUUAAAGUUGAGUCAUAUGGGGGCACAAAGUUUCCAAAAUGGGUUGGGGAUUCCUCGUUUUGCAAAUUGAAUGUUGUUUCUAUUUCUAAAUGUAGAAAUUGUUUGUUUCUGCCACCACUUGGGCAGCUGCCAUCAUUGAAGAAGUUGUCCAUUAAUAACAUGGAUGACGUGAAAGCGGUAGGUUCAGGAUUAUUCGGGAAUGAAUCUCCAGCUUUCCCUUCACUUAAGAUUCUAUCGUUUUGUGAUAUGCCACGAUGGGAGGAAUGGUCAAUCAAUGCGGUAGGUGUUGCAGUGUUUCCACGCCUUGAAGUGCUUUGGCUACGUAACUGUCCUAAUAUGGAACGAUGGGAGGUGAAUGCCGAUGUUAGAGUGUUUCCAUGCCUUCAAGAGCUUACUAUAAGUGGGUGUCCUAAUUUGGUUAAAGUCUCACUUGAAGCAUUACCUUCAUUAAGGGUUCUGGAAAUAACGGAAUGUGGUUAUGGAUUAUUGAAAAGUCUGGUUGGUGUAGCUUCAUUAGUGACCAAGUUGAGUAUAUGGCGUAUAUCAGAACUUAGUGAUGAGGUGUGGGGCUGCAUUGUACAGUAUCUUAAGGCACUUGUAGAAUUAAGCAUCGAGAGUUGUCAUGAAAUAAGGAAUUUGUGGGAAUCAGAAGAAGCAACGGAUGCAUGUAAGGAGGUUCUUGUUAGUUUAAAAAAGUUGAAAAUAACAUAUUGUGGUGAAUUGGUAAGAAUAGGAGGAGGAAGAGGAGAAGAAAGGAGCAACCUCCCAACAUCUCUUAGGAUGUUAGAGAUAUGGAAUUGCAAUAAUCUGAAGCAUUUGAGUUGUCCAGACAGCAUUCAAACCUUAACGAUACGGAGUUGUGUUAAUCUGAAGCAUUUGAGUUGUCCAGCCAACAAUACCAUUCAAAAGUUGUCAAUUGAUGGUUGCAAGUCAAUUACAUCUGUCUCCUCCUUCCCAGCAGGGGGAUGGCAGAAGUUCAAGUCACUUGAAGUUUUAAGCAUAAGCUUCACUAGGGGAAAUCUGCUAUCAAUGACGAAAGCUACAUGUUUCCUUCAACAGCUCAUGAAAUUGGAGAUAAGAUAUUGUAGGGAAAUAGAGUCAUUCCCUGAUUUGAAGGAUCUGGUGUCGCUAAAGCAUCUGCAAAUCACUGAAUGUGCAAGCAUGGAUGGGCCACCUCUUCUUGGAAGUGGGGUUUGGCCUCCCAAAUUGGAUUCCUUAAUAAUAGGGAGGUUGAAGAGGCCGAUAUCAGAUUGGGGCCCGCUCCCCACCUCACUCGUUGAACUAACUCUAUUGGGCGGAUUUGGUGGAUCAUCAUGGGCAGAAGAAGACAUCAAGAGUUUCCCAACCUCCUCCUCACUUCUUCCUCAUUUGUUAUCAUCAUCUCUUACUUUACUCCGUUUAUGGUGUUUUGAGAAAAUGGAAAGAAUAUCAUCAGAGGGACUCCAACACCUCACCUCCCUCCAACAUCUCGAGAUUCAGUGCCCAAGGUUGAAACAUCUGCCAGAGACACUGUUAUUGCCUACACUUUUGAGUUUGUAUAUAGACGACUGCCAUGAAGAACUGAAAGAAAAAAUGAUGAGUAGAAGAGGAUCCUAUUGGCCCCUUCUCUCUGAUAUCCCCAGGGUCUCCAUAAGAUGAGCAGUUAUGAAGAACUGCAAGUUUAUGUUUUUGUUAUUUGCCAUUGCUUCAAGGAUUCAAAGACUCAUCGCUUCAUCUAAUACAAGUUUAUGUUUUUGUGUUAGAUAUUAUUAGUUGCAUGUGCCUACUCAUCAACCUACUUUGUAUGAAGUCUGGCAACCAGUCUGUAUGUUAGAUAUUUGUUGCAGAUGUCAUACUUUUAAAUUUUACUAUGUAUCACCCACUUGACUAGCUCUUCAUGAAUCUGGUAUAAAUGCGUAUGUUCAAACUAUAUUUUAUUAA